ACAGGCUUCAGAUUUUUCCAUAAUCUGGCAUCGGACAUAAGGACCAUCACCAAAGUCUGUCUGUAAGAUGGAAAACUCAUCUGAAACUGGUAUGUUUCAGUCCAAAAUAUCGAAAGAGAAUGACUUGCUCUUGGGAACCGUUUACAUCAUCUUUGGUGUGCUGUCUCUGAUGGGAAACACCACUCUGUUGUUUGUAGCCUAUCGUAAGAAGUUCUUUCCCUUCGCUAUUCCCUCUGCCUUCGCUCACAGGUGGUUGUUCACGGAGGUGAUGUGUAUGUGUUAUGCCUUCUGUGGAGUUUUGUUUGGUAUCUGCAGCCUCAGUAACCUGACCGUACUGUCCUGUGUGUGCUGGCUCAAAGUCUGCUACCACAACUACGGUAAUAAAUUCUCCUCGUCCCACGCGCGUCUGCUGGUGGUUGGGGUGUGGUGUUAUGCUGCAGUGUUUGCAGUAGGUCCACUCUCUGGCUGGGGUCAGUACGGAUCAGAGCCUUACGGCACCGCCUGCUGCAUCGACUGGCACGCGCCCAGCUACAACACACCUGCCAUGAUCUACAUCAUCUUCCUCUUCAUCUUCUGUUACAUCGUCCCCUGCACCAUCAUCAUCCUCUCCUAUACGCUCAUCCUGGUGACAGUCCGGGGGGCCCAGCAUGCAGUGCAGCAGCAUGUCUCUCCUCAGAACAAAAUCUCCAAUGUGCAGACACUUAUCGUCAAGGUAGGAGUUGAAGGAGAAUAG